AUGAAUAUACUUAUAAAAGCCAAAAAUACAUCAUUAAAAAAUUUAAAGAUCGAAUAUUAUCAGACUAAACCAAAUAUAAAAGAAGCAAUUGAAGCAAUUGCUAAAGCAUAUUUGUUAAAAUAUACUUCUAUACUGUUUAUUAUAAUUAUCAACUAUAUCAACUCUAAUAAUCUAGCUAUGUCUACUAUCAUCAACACUAACUCUAGUAGUUCUACUUUUUCUAUAAUCACUGACUCUAGAAAUCUAGUUAUGUCUACUGUUAUCAACACUAACUCUAGUAAUCCUGCUUUUGCUACUUUUACAAUUGCUGAUUCUAGAAAUCUAGCUAUGCCUACUAUUAGCAAACCUACCAAACCAAUAGCAUUAUUCAACUCUAAUAGCUCUAAUGAAAUUCUUGCUGAAUUAAUUAUUCCUAAUGAAGAAAUAGUUAAAGUUAGUAAUAGCAAAGAAGAAAGUAAUAAAAAUAUAUCAUUAAGUUUGGUUCAGCUUUAUAAUAAAGCAAAACAUGCUAAAAAUCAAGCAACAAUAGCAUGCUAA